CAAAACCCAUAGAAUAGUGGUGCAAAAUUUUAAUUUUAGGUGAAAAAAGGAGGCAGGUAGAGGCAGAGGCAGUCCACUUUGCCCUAUUCAAUGCACCCACUCUCUCAAUUAUAGCUCAUCCAUUGCGAUCCAUAAUUCGUACUAGUCUUAGAUUUCCCAUUUUCAUACACCAAAAGCCCUUAAAAAAACCCUCCAACCUCAACCAGUCCAGUAUAAAGCUACCCAUCUCCCCAACCCUCCCAUAAACCCUUUGCUCUCUUCCAACAAGUAUAUGGUAAUAUUAUUAACACAUGGCUGAGAGCGACAAGGAGACGGAACAUUCCCUGACGACAACAACCACGACCAACAGAUCAUUUGGGUCGAAAUGCAGCCAUUUGGCGAAGAAGCAGCGGGCCAAAUUCUACAUUGUUCGUCGCUGCAUCGCCAUGCUCGUGUGUUGGCACGAACGGAAGGAACCUAAGGACUGAUCGACGUACUUCCAUUUAUAUAUAUAUAUUUAUAUAUAUUGUUAAUUCUCUCAUCCUACAUAUAUAGUUUAAUUUUAGUUCCAUGAUUAGCUUAUUUAAUUUCUUUUUGUUGGAAUAUUAUAUGUCUUGUCGGCAACAGUAUUUAUUAUCUUCAUUUAUUUUUUUUCUAAA